UCUUUUAAAAGCAAAGCAUAACUAAACACAGCUGGGCGGAAUGUCAUCAACAGAAGAACAGUGAUAAUCGGAGCAACCCUGACAGCAAAAAUGUUGAGGAAGUGGCAGAAAUUGAGAAAAUUUGUACGUGAAAAGAUCAAAACUGUCGCCGAGGUUGACUAAAUCGAAAAAAGCGAAAUUWUUGAACAAAUAGACUGAGGCAGGCAGCAAUAAUAACCGAGUAAUCACGACGCAAAAUAAUCAAUACACUAAAAGCAUUAUGAGCGAAAAGGAAGUUAUAAAAAAAAUUAUUUUGAUAUAAAAUGAAAUUUGAAAAAGAAUUGUAUUUUUUGUUUGUAAAGGAAAGAGAAAAAAUAAACGAGAAAGUAGUGGACAACAUAAUUCAGAAAGUAGAAGUGAAAUAAUUAGGAUAUGAUCAAAAUUGCGGAGUGUAAAUCGAAAGGUGACUAUAACGAUACGUAGGAAACAAAGCAAUUCGAAUCACAAGUGAAAGAGAAAAACGAAAAAAUAACAAACAGAAAAAGCACCGGAAAAGAAGCAUAUGAAAGUUUAAAUACAGUGAAGUGAAAAGAAGAAAUAUGAUAAAGUAAAAUUGUGAAGAAAAGCUGUUAUGUGCAAUAAAGGUGCUGGCUSAGUAAACGAAGCAAAACGAUAGUAGUAUAUAGACUGGUUAUUUUUUUGUUUUUGUAAUACAUUGUGUGUGUGAGAAAUUAAAGAAAGAAGCAAAGUAAAUAAAAGCAAAUGUGCAAGAAAGYAAAAAAGUUGAUUAAAUCGAGCAAAUUCAAAUCUAAACGACGAAAGUAACUAAAAACAUAUAAAUAUUAAUGCCGUAAAAUACAAUAUACAAUAUCAGAGAUAUUAUUACAGAGUUUGAAUAGAAAACCAAAUUGUGCUUAGUGUUUGUGAACAUCAAUUCACAUUCAAUGCACCCUAGUACAUAUUUUUGAUGCUUCCUGACUACAGAUAUAUAAUAAAAACGAAGCAAAAUAUAAACAAAAAUUUUAAACGUAACAAUCGUUAGUUUGCGCUAAAAUUUGUUUCACACUUGCACUACCAGUUCGCCAAUUUCUAGGCGGGUUUGUCAGAAAGACAAACUGCCGCUAAUUGACUGCCAAACACUSGUAAUAGGCCAGGCGGUCGGCUCAACAAAUUGAAGAAGAAAUUGAGGGAUCAAUUYAUCUUGUUGACCAAGUAAGGUCGAUCAAUUUGAAAUUUAAAAUAUCUACUAGUAACAACAAGAACGAUUACGAAAUUUGAGUAGCUGUAAUAACAAAUAGUAAAAACAAAAAAAUAUUCAGAAUGUCUUCUUUGGACGUGCGCAACAACUCGGCGGUGAUGAAGCGAGCGGAGCAACUUAAGCGUUGGGAAGAAUCAGACACAAAUCGUCAACCUCCAACACCACGUCCCGAGCGUGGACGCAAAAUWAAAUUCUCUUCAGGUUGUGUCUUUCUUGCAGCCUGUAUGUCUGGCGAUAAGGAGGAAGUGCUAAAGCUAUUGGAAAGUGGUGCUGACAUAAAUACAGCCAAUGUUGACGGAUUAACUGCCCUACAUCAGGCUUGCAUUGAUGAUAAUCUAGAAAUGGUUGAAUUUCUAAUCGAACAUGGCGCUGAUAUAAACAGACAAGAUAAUGAAGGCUGGACGCCGCUGCAUGCCACCGCCUCAUGCGGCUUCGUGAGCAUAGCCCGCUAUUUGGUGGAGCAUGGCGCCGAUCCGGCCGCUGUAAAUAGCGACGGUGACUUGGCCGUGGACUUGGCUGUCGAUAUACAACAUUUGGCGAUGAUGGAUUUCAUGCAAAAGGUGAUGACUGAACACAAUAUCGACUGCGAGAAGGCGCGACAGGCGGAGGAGCAGCUAAUGCUGAGCGAUGCCAAGAAAUGGUUGCGCAGCGAUGCGUCCGAAGUGGAUCGGCCGCAUCCGAAAACAGGUGCCACAGCGCUGCACGUAGCCGCAGCAAAGGGCUAUACAAAGGUUAUAAGUUUACUACUCGCCGGUCGUGCUAAUGUUGAUAAACAGGACAAUGACGGCUGGACGCCGUUGCAUGCUGCAUCACAUUGGGGCCAAAAGGAGGCCGCCGAUAUGCUGGUCAAUGCCAUGGCCGAUAUGGAUAUACGCAAUUAUGCCGGUCAGACGUGCAUCGAUGUGGCCGAUCGUAAAAUGGCGAAAUUCUUGGAGGAAUUGCGUAGCACCAGCAAUAAACGUGUCAAACGUCGUCCUUCUAGUCAAAUCAGAAUCUCAGAUAAAAUUGAAAAUCACAUUGAUAAUACGCCAACGAAAAUCAUACGAGUGGAAGUGAAAUCGGAUCAGUCAAAGGAUCAAGCGAAUGCUUCCAUAACCGAAAAUGAACUGCCAAUGAUCGAUAGUAGUGAUCAACUGGAGCCUCAUAAUCUGGCGCGUAUAGCUGAGUAUGAUGAAACUGACUCUGAACUCACCGACUCAACAGAGAGCUCACACUCGACCAGCCUAUCCGAACUUGAAGAUGAGAAAUCAAAACAAACGCAUGAAACUGUCAAACCAUCCGCCGUUGCUACAACAGACAACCAAACGGUUGAGGAUGAAGCGCCAUGGCGACGCAACAGCUUGGCAAGAGCGCGCACACAAAAUGAAAGUCCAACGAAAAUUCAAGUUCCUGAAAAAGAUGUUAGUAAAACUAACAGCACCACAGAGACAUCAGAUGUUAUUUUAAGACGCACUCAGAGCUUCGAGCAUGACGAGAAAUUCUAUCAAAAAUAUCAUGAGCUGCGCGCACGCAUAAAAGCCAAUUCAUGCCCCAUAUUACCGGCCAAGCAACAACAACUCAAUAAUAGUAACAACAGUAGUAACAGUAAUAGCCAAAAUAACAAUAGCAACAGUAGCAAUAGCAAUAACAACAUCAACAAUAAUAGCAAUAACAGUAACAAUAUUAAUAACAGUAAAAGUAACAUCAACACCAACAUUAUCAAUAAUCCCACAAGCGCAUUAGGCAACGUUUACACGCCCAUUCCAAAUUAUUCGGUACAAAGAUCGGCAUCACUCAAAGAUCAUAGAAAUUACAGAACCAUUUCGACGAACACGUCGUCCACAUCGAUAACGGCGGCAUACACAACAAGCACACCAACAACAGCUGAUUCGACUACGUCAAUAACGACAACCGGCAGCACCACCACCACACCGUCGACAGCUACAACUACGACACCGAUACGCAGCGCACAAAUUAGUGGCAAAGGUGCCACAAGUGCUGCUAGCACCAACAGCAACAAUAAUAAUAAUAACAAGAACAACAACAAUAAUAAUACAAAUGUCAAUAAUACGAUCACUGCCAAUAAYAACGGUAAUAAUAUCAAUAAUAAUGACACUAAACAGUCAACACCAUCAAGUCCUGAUGCAGCUGCACCAACUACUACUGUCGCCGCCAAACAGAAAAUGUCAGCUGGCACAAUUUUCAAAAAUUUCUUCAAAUCCUUUGUGCCACCGGUGCGUGACGAGGAGAGCGAAACCCAGCGCAAGGCACACGCCAAACGCGUGCGUGAGACGCGUCGCUCCACACAGGGCGUCACGUUGGACGAAAUUAAGAGCGCCGAAGAGUUGGUUAARAAGAAAAACUCAAAUAUGAACAACAACAAUAACAGCAGCAGCAAUGAAACGCAAGUAGCUACAGCAAUAGCAGGAACAAUUCCGACAACAUCAGAACAACAAGAAGUUGAAUCUAUUGAGGCGCCACACACAGAACCGUCAGUAGGCGCCACACAAACGCUGCCAGCCACAGAAACGCCGCUUGCGUCACAGAGCCAAAUCGCGGAUGGCGACGAAACAACGGUCGCAGACCAACAAGCCAAUCGUGCGGAUUGCAUGCCAGCAGAGGAGAGUGAUAGGGAGGAGGAGGAAGAGGAAGAGAAAGAAUGUGCUCAGCAGGAUGAUGAAGCUGUUGUGGACAAUGAUGGCGAGGAUGUUUCCGCCUCUUUCACAAUUGUGGCGCCAACUAGAAAGAACUCUAGUACGAAGGCAACAAUGCUGGAUGAUACCACAACGGAUGAUGCCACAACCACCGAUGAUAACGAUGAAGAGGUGAGUGCCACAUACACGUUGACACCGCGUCAUUCGUUUGUCGGCAGCGCAACACCCACCGAAACUGUGGAAACGACGAUAGUGGUCACGCCACCAGAAAUCAUAAUCAAUGAAAGCGAUUUAGAUAGCAAAACGGUACGAAAAAAAGACGAUACAUAUGAAAUGGAGUAUGAAAAUGUGCCUGAGAGUGCGAACAAGCUUGAGAUUGAUGCCGACAUUGAGAAUGAGCAUGCGGAUGAGUCAAGUGAGUCUGAACAGCAGAAGGAAAACGAAGAGGUGACAGAAAUAGCAAAUUUAAGCAAGGCCAACGAUGUACAAGUCGAGCUAGAGGCGGACGACGAAGAAGAAUUGCUAGAAGAGAGGGCGGUAGAUGCCGAAGAGGAUGUGGAAUCAGUAGAUAGUGAAAUUAUUGAAAUUAACGAGUUUGAAAAUGAAAAGACUGAAAGCUCUGCCGCCAAAGAGUUGGCUACUUAUGAAAUAAGCGCUCCUAAAUCACACAUAUCCACUGGCAAUAACUCAGCCGAGUCAUCGGCUGUUACACAAACUGAACGUGCACRCCAUAACACAUUAAUUCCAUUGCCGCUGGUUGACGUGGCGUCUAGUAAUGUGGCGCGUGCCACAGAUGCUACACCGGCCACGCCCACCAACACGAGCGCGAAUACGCCCACACUCGAAAGUCCUGUACGCUUGCGCGACAAACGUAUACCUUACGAYCCGGACAGCAACAAUGCCUUAACGUUAGCCGAACGCCUACGUUAUGAAGCGAGCAAAUACAGCGCUGUCGGCGAUAGUGACGAGUCGUCGUCAUCGUCGACAGUCGUUAGUAAAACACGCUCACUACCAGCGGCGUCGCUGGCAAGUGAUGCCGAUGCCAUAAAUGAACUAUCAACAAAUUACGGUAAAAUUUCACUCAGCAGUCGCCGCAGCUUGGACUCAUCCUCACUGUCAUUGCACGGCAACAACGAGAGCCAAGCAGCUCAGGCGUCAUCUAAUGACACCCAAACCUUACAAAGUGCUAUCAGUAGUAUUAGUAGUUGUAGUAACGGUAGCGGUACAGCGUUUGUGGCAAAUACAACAACAGCGACGGCGCCGAGCAGCAGCAGCAGUUGCAAUAAUAGUACAAUGGCUGAGCGRCGUCCUUCUUGGCGUUUAAAAUUCGAUGCUGGCUGUAAGUUCAAAUUGGAAGAUGCAUCRAGUGGGAAUACAUUUCCGCCAAAUAACAGCACAAUUAUACCGAGCGCGCCAGCUGUUAUUGCCGCUGCCAAUUUAUCGUCAACCAUAUCACAACGGCGCAUCAACAGUAAUUCAUUGAACUCGUCGAAUCAAUCGUURAACUCAAUUGGACGACCUGUAUCCGCACCAGUCAAUGCCACCACAUCCACCACAUUACUUAGCAAUGAUACUCACAGCGAGGGUGUUAGCAUUUUCGGCCGACGACUCACCGGUGGCAGCACCAAUAGCACUUAUAGUAGCAGCGCCACAACCCCAGCAACUACCACGACAACGUCUACUGCAUCCACAACAACAGCUAACGUCACAGCCGCCACCGCUAAUUCGACGUCGAAAACUAAUGAUGAUAAAGAUAAUGACAAAGAAAAUGAUAACCGCAAUUUGGCUGCUCAAUCGGCCAUACAACGAAGAAGAAAACCAAAACGAAGAUCCACCGGCGUUGUGCAUAUCGAUAUGGAUGAGCUCGAUCCAGAGCGGCAAGAUUCAGCAAACGAUGCGGAAGAGAAAGAUAAGGAGAAAGAGAGUGGCGGUGAGCGGGGCGCAUCGCGUUCACGUUUGAGCAGCACCACUAAUGCUAACACCAACGCAAACUCCACGACAGACGAGAAUAAAGCACGUGAUAGGUCAGAGAAUGGCGAAGCCAUCGACUACAAGGCUCUAUGGGAGGCUGUAAAAUUGGAGAACGACAAGCUCAAGCAGCAGCUUAAGAAGAAAGAUGAUGAAAUCGUACAAAGUAGAGCAACACUUGAAAGAUUUACAAACGCACUAUUGCAGAAGCUAAAGACUGAGAAUGAGCGUUUGCGUGCGGAGAAUCGCGCUCUCACGCGUGUCGUAUCGAAGUUGACCACCUCAGCUCAAAGUCAACUAGCUAAAAAAUCAAAAUAAUUUAAUAAAUUCAUCAAAAGAAAAAAAUCAUUAAAAAAAAUUAAUUAAUUGUGAAUUAUAUACGCUAUAGACUAAGGAAA